GUAACUCCUACUUGGAUACGCGGAACAAUGUUUGCCAUGUUGGGCACUCGCACCCUAGAGUUGCCCGGGCCGUGGCUCAGCAAGUGGAACAACUGAACACCAACACCAGGUACCUGCACCCCAACUUGUGCCUCUUGGCAAAGCGCCUCACAGAAACCUUUCCCACCGGCAGUGGCCUAGAAGUGUGCUUCUUCGUGAAUUCAGGUUCCGAAGCCAAUGACCUGGCGACCCGGUUGGCCUUUGCGAGGAGCCGAAGCCGUAAUAUCAUUGUCGUGGACCAUGGGUAUCACGGACACACCCAGCAGACCAUUGAGAUCAGUCCCUACAAGUUUGACCAUAAAGGAGGUGAAGGAGCCAAGCCCAACAUCUUCAAAGUGCCAUGCCCAGACACUUUCCGAGGAGAAGAUGCCGGCGAGCGAUACGCAGCAGAUGUGGCAACCGGGCUUCUGAUGGUGACGAUGGGAAAGCCUUUUGGUAAUGGAAUGCCCCUGGCAGCGGUGGUUACCACAAAGGAGGUGUCGGACGCGUUCCACAAUGGCCUGGAGUACUUUAAUACCUUCGGCGGCAAUCCUGUUUGUUGUGCAGCGGGCUUGGCCGUCUUAGACACCUGUUUGCACACUCUCAUAUGA